CACGACGUGUUGUUGACGCCGCUGUGGCCGUGGAGGCGACUGUACUUCCCUGACAGUAAUUCUUUUUCGAGAUUACUGGGUUUUUUUUUUUUAAUUUAUCGCGGUGCGGAUGACAGUCCGUGAGGGACACAGGCCCCUUUCAUGUAGUGUUAGCCACCGAAGAAUCGAGUCCAUGGAGGUCGCGGACAGUCCGCUCAACCUCGCUCAUCAGCAGUGCAGGAAGGCAGACCGUCUGUUAGCAGCUGGAAAGUAUGAAGAGGCCAUCUCAUGCCACGGAAAAGCAGCCGAUCAUUUGACGGAAGCAAUGAAGAAGACUGAGUGUGAGCAGGCUCGUCUGUCCUUGGAGCUGCAGAGGGACAGCCACAUCAAACAGCAGCGACUCAUCCAGGAGCGCUGGAAGAGAGAGGCUCGACGGGAGGCGACAAAAGCUCGACCUGGCCAGGUACAGCCCUCCAGCAGCCCACAACUCCUAACCCAAACCAAUACUGCAGGGCAGUCCCAGCCCCAGGGCUCCCCGGGCCUCCCCGCUGCAGAGCGUCCUGGAGACAGGGAGAGAGAGUACGACACCUUGCUCUACCAGCUUCAAACACGGCAGACUGGAGGCUACCAGCCAGUGACUCCACAGUGCCCCGGAUCUAAGACCACCAAAGAUGACAAAACUCGACUAGAGGAACAACAGACCACCAUUGAGGACCUGCGGCGCCUGGUCGACCACCUGAUGGAUGAAAACCAGCGACUGGCAGCUGAUAAUGAGCGACUACAAUCUGCAAACGCCCGGCUGAGAUCUGAGGCAGCUGAGGCAGCAGACUUUGUGGAGCGGUCAGAGCUCUGGGUGCUCCCACAGGCAGGUGGCGCUAUUGGAACAGGGGGUGGGCAGGAGAGGAAAAGCACAGGGAAGGGGAAGGAGAUUGCAAUCCCACAAUUACCCCCGCUGGAGAUGCCGGCUCAGGAGGAUCUGUGUCUGGAUGACCUGCCUCCUCUGGAGCUACCAGAGGACAUCCAGAAUGAAUUAAAGGAGCUGCUGGACAGGGAUAAACUGUGAUAAGAGACAUGCCUCUCACACACACACACACACGCAUACACACACACACAAAAGUUUGGCAUUAAACCCACGUGCUGUCUGAUCAGACCUCUUCUCAGGAUUAAGGUGGACAGAAAACUCUCUGUAGUCUGUCUCACAGUGAGAAUAAGAAAGGUGAAUGUAAGUUAGAUGCAGAGUAAGGGAUGUGUCAGUAGCUGCAUUCACACAUACAUAGAACUCUUGAAAAUAUCAUCAUGAAUUUUUGAACCAACUGUUCUCAAACGUUUUCCUGCCAUCCUAGUAACAUUUUCUUGAUGGAUGAGUUGAUAUGUGAACACAGCAGGUAAAAGUCGGGAGAAUUCACCACGGGCGAGUGGGAGGUGAUGAUGACAUUUACAUCAUGUGACAAGUAAGCGACCGGUGUGAAUGUGGUGCAUGUAAUGAAGCUGCUUCAUACCCUUUUCUGCGCUCCAGUAUGUUUUCCCCCACUCUUUCUUAAAUACUGUGAAAACAUCCAAUAACACAUAGCAUUUAUAUGAAGGUAAAACUUUCAUCAUAGCAUCAAACUCGGCUUCCCCCCGUCCAACGACGCACGCUGCCCUGAAUUUUUCCUGAAUUUUUUAGGAGUUCGAAAGAGCUAGUCAGACGGUCUCACGCAGUCUUGAGAAGAGGUCUUAUCAGAUGGAUAAAGCGUUGACAUCAAAACCACUAAUACAAUCUCAAGAUAAAGGGGUAGUUCACCCAAAGAUACUGUAAUCAGUGAGGGUGUUUGUCAUUAUGUGUCAGCAUAUUGUUAAAACAAAACAAACUCUUAAGAACAUUAUGUUUUAAGUAAGUGAAUUUUUCGCCUUUAAAAAAAUGGAGUUUGACUGAAUCAUUACAAAACUUGAAGAGCUUUCAUCUUCCCCUGUUUCACUCUAUCACUGAAUUUCUUGAAUUUCUGCAUUUUAGUUUUUUUUUUAAGUUGACAGUUGAGCUCUUCAUGGCAGCAGGGAAAAGGCAGAGAGGUACAGCUGACACAAGCAGCAAACAGCUGUGCUUUUUCUCCAUACGUUGAUCAUGUUGCAUUUUCUGGACGUCAUUUCAGUUGCUGACACACAACAGACGCAAAAUGCUGGAGGAAACAUUGUGUUAAAGGAGAUCUUUUAUGCUGAUCUAUAUUUAAAUUCUUACAUAUAAAGUUAGGAUGUUGGAUGUCCAGACUAAACCUCGGCCAAGUUUUUUUUUAACACAACUAACAUCUGCUCAGCUGUGAUGCUCUCCUCUCGACAUGUGCUGCAGAAGGUGUUAAAAAGACUUGUGAAGUAUGUCAUGUGAGAUACUCUGCCGGACAAGCGACGCAACCACAUCAUUUUAAAAUCACCCUAAUCGUUGUUUUAUGCAUUUUUCUUUU